GACGUCAUCCCGGCGAUUGUAUUGUGAAAGAUGCGUGUGGCUGUAGCGUGUUUUUGCAGACGAUGCGUGUGUGUUCGGAAGUUUAUAGCAUAAUUUAAAGCUUUAAUAAUAUUUAAUAUUAAAAGUACUUGUCGCAAAAAAAUUCAACGCUAAAAAGAAAAGAAAAAUGACUUGUCUGAAGAAAUUCUCUUCUUUUGCUCGGUUACUGAGAAAUAAUGUAGGACGAACUCUAACCUCGCAGCCAGCUGCAAAUGCAAAUUCCGAUAAGAACAAAGAAAAAACAAUAUUGGUGGAUCAUGUAGACAAAUUGACUAUGAUUGGUAUUAAUCGACCUGAAAAGAGAAAUUGUUUAAAUACCGCAACAGCACAAUUAUUAUCAGAAGCAUUAGAUGAAUUUGAAAAUAACGAAGAGACAUCAGUGGGAGUGUUAUAUGGAGUAGGUGGCAAUUUUUGUGCUGGUUAUGAUCUCAAAGAAAUUGCAGAGUAUGAUGGCGAAAGUGAGGAAAAUAUACCACAUUUUGGAUCAUUGGCAAAUAGAUCUGAAUUGUCCAAAAAACCACUGGUCGCAGCUUUAAGUGGAUAUGCAGUCGGUGUAGGAUUUGAACUUGCUCUAAUGUGCGACUUGAGAGUUAUAGAGGAUACAGCAAUGGUGGGUUUUUUAAACAGACGUUUUGGUAUUCCAAUUUUAUGUGGAGGUACUGUUCGAUUGCCUGCUUUGAUUGGAUACUCCAGAGCUAUGGAACUUAUACUAACAGGAAGAAUAGCUACUGCGGAGGAAGCAUUUAACUGGGGAAUUGCACAUAAAUAUGCAUCGUGUGGUGCAGCUUUGGGUGUGGCGGUGAAUUUGGCAUCUUCUCUCGUAAAAUUCCCGCAAAAGUCUUUGCUGGCAGAUCGCGCCUCAGCGCAUUUUUCCGCAUUUUCGGCAAAGCCAAUGGAAGAAGCAUUGCAAUUUGAGAAAGAUACCUCCUCACAUUUAAUAUUGGAGGAAGGUGUUGAAGGUGCCAAGAAAUUUAUUCAUCACAGAAUAGGAAGGCACGGAAAAUUUCAUGAUAUCACAAUUAAAGAUCAAAGUAUUAAGGAAAUAGAUGAGACUUUAUUAUAAAAGAUUUCGAUUUAAGUGCGUGUAUAUAACAAUGUAUACAGUGAUUUUAGUAUAGCUCUCUUUCUCUUUAAAUAUUUUAAAAGUCUAGUAAAUUUAUUAAUUUCACUAAUUCUAUUUUGGUUAUUUUGUACGAUUUAAUUAUACAUAUUAAAAGCAUUGAAUAUUAUCAAACAUGUAUCAGAUUAAGUUUAUAAAAAUUAAGGAAAAUUUACAUAAUCUUAUAUACCAAAGCAUAUACAUUGUAAAUAUACAUAUUAAAAAAACUUUAUUCAGCAAAUUAAUUGGGUUCUUCAGAUUAAUUAAUUAUUCUUCUUCUUAGGCGUAGAUUUAAUUGAUGAAGUUUUCUGUGAUGAUCUUCGCACCUUAGAUAAAAUAUCACAACACCUUUUGGCUGCCUUUCCUAUUAAAAGUGGUGUAAAAUUUAUCAUCUGUCCAUUCUCAUCCCCUAAAAAAUAUUUCUUCUGUGAUAUCUCAUAUAAAAUAGAUAAAUAGUUAUACAUUACUUACGUUCAAAAGUUAUGAUAAAAUAUGUUAAAUCUGGUUGAAGAAUAUCUGUUCCACGUGUACAAGGUCCAUAGAGAGAUAUAUUUUUCAACUGACAAUUUA